ACCCCUCUUUUGUAUAACCAAUGAAUCAUCUGUUAUGAACGAAUUGUGUGAAAAAUUUACGAUCUCAUAACUUUGAUCGACGUAGUCGAGGAAAGAUCGAAUUGGUUUUCUUAAGUUUGAAGUUUAACAAAAUUUACGGUGUUAUUGAAAUAAUCAAUACGGGUGUGCGUAUUAGAGUUUUCAUUGGAAUUAUUCAUUCGAAACGUUCGAUAAAAUUCGUUCUAGUAAUAAAUAAUUAUGCCUAUUACACCAGAAUCACUGCGUAAUAUUUCGACUGGCUUAAUUUUGAUGUGUAUCAUUGGUACGGUAUUAUCGUACUAUGCGUAUAUUGUGGAAACAACAAAAGAAAAUGACGAAUCUUACGAAGCAUUGUGUGACAUUAACGAGCAUAUAAGUUGUAGCAGAGUAUUGACGUCCGAAUAUGGUAAAGGAUUUGGAUUGAUACCAAAUAAUUCUAUAUUUUACUUUCCAAACAGUUUAUAUGGCUUAGGAUUUUAUCUUUUAAUAACUGGAUUAAGUAUAUUGAACGAUCACUCUAGUGUCUUCACGAUUAUAUUUUUAGGAAUUUUAUCAAACAUUGCUUCCAUUUAUCUAGCUUAUAUUUUAUACAUAUUAAGAGAUAUCUGUAUAAUUUGCAUAAGUAGUUACAUCGUUAACGCUCUUAUCUUAAUACUAGCUUUUAAAAAGUUACGACUAUUAUCAGAAUUUAAAAAGACCAAACAAAAGGCUCAAUAA